UGCGUUGACCAUCAUCCAGAUGUCCGCUCAUGAGGCAAACGAAGUGGCAUCGGCUGCGACUUCCACCACUCACGUCUCCGGUGAGCAGUCGACUGUUCAAGCCGCACCCGUGUCCCAGGGCACUUGUGGGGAGGGUGAAUCUGCAAUUCCGGCCGACAAGGUCGAGGAAAAGAUAGAAGCCCGGGAGGAGGAUUGGGAACAUGAUCCCAUCAACCCUCGUAACUGGUCCUUUUCGAAAAAAUGGAUCGCUGUGUCUAUCGUGUCUGCUUAUACCUUUGUGUCCCCGCUGUCCAGUUCAAUGAUGGCGCCCGGCCUGCCCGACCUUGCCGAAAAAUACAAUGUCACCAAUCCCACUAUCAUCGCUAUGUACCUUAGCAUCUUCCUGCUAUCUUUUGCACUUGGUCCAUUGUUCCUCGCACCACUGUCGGAAAUGUACGGCCGAAAAUGGGUCCUCCAUGGUGGAAACAUCGGCCUUCUUGGAUUCAAUAUUGGCUGUGCUCUGGCCCCGACCUCCAAUGCUUUCAUUGCCUUCCGAUUUUUGAGUGGGUUUGCUGGGAGUGCCCCUAUUGCGUGUGGUGGAGGCGUCAUCAGCGAUCUAUUUUCCGAAAAGGACCGCGCUUCUGCAAUGGCUAUUUACAGUUUGGGACCGCUCAUAGGUCCCGCUGUGGGUCCGAUCAUGGGAGGGUUCAUAUCCAUGACCAUCGGAGUGCAAUAUGUAUUCUAUGUUAUAGUCGCGUUUUGUGGCUUAGCUACGGUUCUUGCCAUACCUCUCAGGGAGACUUAUGCUCCUAUCAUCCGCCUUCAACGAGACAAUCAGAUUGGCAGAGACCUUGAGCGGGCUGCUGCCGCUCAUCCUCACCUCUCAGCCAAUCAUGAAGGCAACAAAUGGCAAUAUCUCUGGGCUAAUUUGACCAGGCCGGCCAUCCUCCUGACGCGUAGCUUCGUGUGUUUCAUCCUGAGUUUGUAUAUGGCUCUGAUGUACGGAAUAUACUAUCUCAUGUUUGCGACAUUCCCAGACCUCUUCAGCGGAGAGUACCACUUCAACACGGGCGUUAGCGGUUUGGCUUACAUCGGUCUGGGUUUGGGUUUCCUCCUUGCUACUCUUUUCGGAGCCCAUAUUUCCGACAAGAUUUAUCUCAACUUGUGUAACAGAAAUGGAGGUAAAGGCAAACCAGAGAUGCGGAUUCCCUCUUUGAUUAUCGGGUCCUUCUUCGUGCCCAUUGGCCUCUUCUGGUACGGUUGGUCUGCACAGGCCAGGAUACACUGGAUCAUGCCUAUCAUCGGUACUGGGAUCUUUGGAUUUGGCCUGAUGACUACCUACUUGCCCAUCAUGCUGUACCUCGUUGACACAUUCGCUUUCGCCGCGAGCGCCUUGGCCGCCGCAUCUGUUUUCCGGUCCUUGCUCGGGUUUGCUUUCCCGCUCUUCGGACAACAGAUGUACGCCGCCCUGGGCUAUGGAGGUGGUAAUUCGCUCCUUGCUGGACUCGCCAUCGUAUUAGGCAUUCCGUUCCCAAUUUGGAUAUACUAUUACGGAGAGCGUAUCCGUGCUCGAAGCUCGCUGGCACGCUGACCUCUAACGCAGUCGAGAAGUAUACAGACUGGUCACCGGGCUAGCUGAAAACAUGGCGGGAACUCUCCAUGGAUUGGGCAGCCAUCCAUCACUCAGCAUGAGGGACAUAUUUUUACAUUUACCUUACGAGAUAUACGUUGGCAUUUAUUUGGGAUGUUGUGGUUCUUUACGCGAGCUGAUCCUCACUAGUAGUAGGGGCGUAAUACAUGUACACAUGGAGCUUCAUAGAUACGAUAUAGAAGGCCUCACGUACGAAUGCAUUUUACUAUUGGACUGAUGUGUAUGCAUAAUUGAGAAUGAUACCAAGAAAGGCGCAAAAUAUCACCGAGAUAGACCAGCACUCCGCGACUUGGUUUGAGAGCUGCCAAACCCAUUCACCCCACCGACAUCUCCAAUGCGACGCUCAACUUCGGUUACCUUACCCUCCACCUCCCUGACAGCGCCAUCGAUCCACUGUAAGCUGUCCAGGUGGUUGCUGAGAAUUUGGGAUAUUUGUGUCAUGGGGUCAUCAGGUGAAGAUUGUGAGCUCGACAGCCCAUUGGCAGGCCCAGAGCCGAUUGAAAGGGCAUUCACGGAAUCAAUCAUUUGCGUGAGCGAACUCGAAAGGUCAUCCAAGUGGCCGUGGAGCUCAGUCGCCAACAUGAAAUUUUUGUCUCUCUCUGUAUCUGCGGGGCCUGUAUCCAGAGCACGCAAGCUACCCCCUUGUCCACCCAGUAUCUCGUGAAUGGACCCCUCGUAUGCACCAAGAGUAGCCAAAAGAUCUUUUUGUUGUAGCUCCACAUGAUCGAGAGACUGUUCGAUAUCGUUUUGCUCCCGCUCCACAUUAAGUACAUGAUUGUACAGUGUGGCAAGAUUGUUUCCAUUUUCCAUUAGAGCACGAUCCCAUACAGCAACUUCGCCAGCGAACUUGUUAAACUCCUUGACAUGGUUGUCCAGAUCCGUGGACCAUUUAUUGACGAUCUCUUCAACAGAUUUGCCUCUCAAGACGGAAGGUGGAGGCACCACUAUUGCUGAUUUAUUGCCAUCCUUUGAGGUUGAUGUAGCUGUGGUCGCGCCUGCAGCCGGCUGCGUUCCUGCGGCAGGGGGUUUGAAGCCCAGCAAAGUUGUGGACGAAGCAUCGGGUUUUGCCGUGUCCUUGGUCCCGAAUAAGCUGGGAGCAGCAGAAGUAUUGCUCGAGUCUUUGGACCCCAGUAAGGUUGAGCUCGUGUUUGAAGAUGAGUCCUUUGCGCCAAACAGGCUGGGGGUGGUGGUUGAACCUGCAUCUUUCGUUCCAAACAAACCGGGAGUGGCGCUGGAUGUACCAUCGGUUUUGUUUGCGGCGCUCGCCCCGCCGAAGAGGUUCCCCAUUGAUGUUCCACUUUUUGAAGCAUCCUUAUUGCCACCCAGCGAAAAUCCUGUCGACGCAGAAGCGUCCUUAUUUGCCCCUAGCGAGAACGUCGUCCCAGUAGAACCGGCCGCGGGUGCUGGUGUCGAUGUUUGUGGGGUUCCACCCGGCUGUGGUGUUUCGGACUUCUUGCCAAAGAUGGUGGCGCCCCCAAAGAGACCUCCGCCAGAUGCAGGGGUGGUAGUUCCUGACGCAGCGCCUUCGGCCGGUUUUGAGAAGCCACCAAACAAGCUAGUACUUGGGGCUGCCGUCGCACUCGGUAUUGAAGAUGUUGGCGCGCCAAGUGCACUGGUCUUAGCAGCAUUCGAGUCAGUGGGUUUUGAAAGCCCGAAUAGACCAGACGACGGUGCUGCUGGUGUCGUCGUAGCAGGCGUAGAGAAUGCACCACCUGAGGCAGGCUGACCGAACAGACCAGGGGAAGGAUUGGACGUAGUUGAGCUAGCCGUCCCAGCAGAGUUUGAAGCAGCAGGGGUGCUGGUCGUGUUUCCAAAGAGAUUCGUUCCGCCGGAGCUAGGAGCACCGAAGCUAAAUCCCGUGCCAGUACCACUUGUGCCAGUUCCAGCUCCACUGCUACUGGUAGUGCCUGAACCGCCUGGUGUCCCAAAGGCGGGCUUGUUCGUCCCACCAAAGCCUGCAAAGGCGUUUGACCCAGGGGCAGAGGAGGUGUUAAAGUUGAAUCCGUUCAUGGU